AAACACCCAGCCUCCAGUUCUCAGCUGGGGCAGGUGACAGCAGCACUAAGAGAGUCAAACUCCUGCUAAACUCUUAGGUGAAUUAUCCCUGUAAAGCGGGACAUUUGACCACCUGUGAACCAUGGCAGAAAACGGGUCCCACGCCGAGGGCAGCAGCAUCACCGGCAGCACACACACCAUCCCGCAGCAGCAGCCCGAAAACAUGGAGAUCCUCAUCCCGAGCCAUAGCCUAUCUUCUGCCCCGUCCUCCCCGACACCGACCGGGACUCUCUCCCGGCUGGGCUUCAAAAUGCCCACCAGUCCCACCGCGGCCGUGCCGGGCAGCCCCGGAGCCGGCGGCCAGGUGAGUGCUAUCACCGUGGUGGCGCUGCUCGACAAGCUUGUGAACAUGCUGGAGGCGGUGCAGGAGAACCAGCAGCGCAUGGAGCAGCGGCAGGCCGACCUGGAGGGCGCCGUGCGGGUCGUGCAGGGCGACGUGACCCGCCUCUCCAAGACCCACCUGAACACCUCCAACAGCGUCAGCAAGCUGCUCGAGCGCUCGCGCAAAGUGAGCGGGCACCUGAAGGAUGUGAGGGAGCGCAUGGACAAACAGGCGGUGCAGGUGAAGAAGUUGGAGGCCAACCACAGCCACCUGCUGAGGAGGAACCACUUUAAAGUGCUCAUCACCCAGGAAGACCAUGAGAUCCCCACCAGCGUGCUUGUCAAGGACUCCCUCAGGACCCCCCAACCAAGCCAGUAUGAUGCAGACUCCAUCCUUCCUGCUCCGUCUGUUGCCGGCUCUAUUGAUGGCAGCCGUGCCAAUGAUGAAGGUCUUCUGACCAUCAGCCUCUCCUCAGACGACGAUGAUCUUACAAUAUACCAUGAGGAGGACGAGAUGUUUGAGGGCGACGCCGCGAUGGGCCUGGGCCCUUCCAGCCCGUAUGAGAGAAGGUCUGACAAGUUCAAGCGCAACAGCCUGAAGAAGGUGGACAGCCUCAAGAAGGUGUUCUCGCGUCAGAGCAUCGAGAAAAAGAUGACCCAGAUCACCACAAGAAUCGUGCCUCAGGAGCAGCGUGAGAAAAUAAAAAAGAGCUUCACCCCUAACCAUCCCAAGAGCCCGACUGCCAAGGCGUCCUCUUUCAAGGUGUCCCCCAUGACCUUUAACGUCAAGAAGGUCCGAGACGGGGCGGUCCUCACACAAGAAUUGGGCUCGACUGAGGAAAAGGUCCAUGUGGAGAUUCCUGCUCUGGGAAGCAUGGAUGGAGAGUUUGUCCUGUCGGAGGAGCACACCCGGGAAGGCGUGGUGGAGCAGAUCCACGAGAUGCUCGGCUCCACCUCCAGCAUCAAGGCACAGCUGGCAAUCAAUGGAGAGGCACCAAGCUUUGAGUGCGCCAUCAAUGGUGAUCAUGUCGCUGGCCUGGCAGUCGCAGAGGUUGAUGAUGAUGUUGGCGAGGAUGGAGAAGAGGAGGAGGAAGAAGAGAAACAAAAAAUCCCUGUUGAGAAAGCAGAAGAAACGCAGAUUCCCACAGCAACAGUUGCUGUAGAGCAAGUCGCUUGAUUGCCAUUAUAUAUAUUUUCUUGCAUAAGUUUCUACAUUUAUGAUUACCCAGCAGGCACAAAUCAUCCCUCCACUGUAAAUAGGCUUAUGUUCUUGUUAUUAACACCCGUAAACACUAGAAAUAUAUACUCUUGGCAUCCUAGCAUACUCAACCCUAACCCUAACCACUACCUUAUUACAAGCUUAGUCUAAAACACCUUGAAACGGACUGUUUAAGCAACUAGGUUAACACAUACACCUACAGUGUGUCCGAAUGAAAGUGCUUCCUAAACCCUGUGGGAGGGUUGUCCAAAGAAAGCACCAACGCACCAGUGUACCAUAACUCACUCCCCUUAACAGGUGCCCACCUCCUCAAUAGCAGCACAUCUCCAGGGCACUGGGCCAACUAUCUCCCUCCUGCUCUGUUUGUCUGCCUUUGACGACCAGCCUCUUCAUUCUUUGUGUUUGUUUUUGUAAAAACAGUAAAUCUUCGGCAGCAGCGGUAAUGCCCACAGAAUGUUGAGGCGGUGUGUUGCCAGGUUGUAGAAGUGAUGGAAUGAGAAGUGUCAGGGUUUUCAGUGAGAAGGUUCUGGGGUGUUUUGUUGUGGACUAGAGGUUGAUACUAAAAUCUUUGGAGCUAACAGUUGAACUUUAUUAAGUUGAGUGGCACUGUCUCGUAUCCUGUCCUUCACUUGCGCCCGUAGAAAUACUUCCAUAGUGCAAUCCAAUUGGUCAAUUUCACCUUUAUCAUGUAUGUUCUACCUAACAUACCACAGGAGGUGCUUGUAGGGCUGUAAAGUAUGUUAUUAAUUUGUGAUUGCCAAUUGAGUAUCCUCCAGGUGUAAGAAAAAUAGAUGGCAUUUGAAAAAGUCUAAAUGUUUAUGCAAAUCACGUCAAUCAUUAGCCUAAAAAAGCUAAAGGACAAACGCAUUUAUUAAUAAGUGCUCACACAAUUGUGCUUAAUUACACUGGUGCAACGAAGGACAUCGUUGCAGGAUAGAAGCUACUAGAAUAUUGCAUUAGUAACACAAAUAACCCUGCAGGUUUAAUACUGACAUACUAAAUGUGCCUUGUACAGCCCUUUUGCUUUUUUGCAGGGCAACUUUAUGUUAAUGUAGGAUUUAUUUUCUUCUGUGAGGCACACUACUAUCUAGGUAUUUACAGUUUCACAACUAUGAAAUGCAUACUUUAUGAUAACUGCCCUGAGUGUGUACUUUAUCAGUAAAUGUUGUAUCUGUGAAUUUGUUUUGAGUUACUUCAUGAUAGUCAUCAAUAACUUGCAUGGUGAAAUGUUUACCAAUAUUCAACAUAUAAACACUAUCUUAUACAUUUGCCAGGUCACCAUCACUAAAUCGUUUGCCCCUAGAUUCAUGCACACACUCCUACAGUGUAUUUGCCUUGCAAAUAUGAGUAUGGUAUGAGUAAUUGCAGUCCUGAAGGUAUGGAUUCCUAUGUUUUAGUAGAUACGAGUGAUACUAAAAAAACCUGAUUUAUUUUAUUUUCUCCUGAGGAAUUCCUCGCAGCUAACACUUUACGGGGCAUAGUCAUAAAAGCUGAGAAGUUCAUAGAAGGUGUAAAUUCUAUUUCCAAUCAUUCCCCAUAUACUUUUAGUUUGUAAGUCAUGCCUGGAAGUUUCAAAAAGUGAACUUGUUCUAGUUGCACACCAUUAGUGCUCUACCAGCCAUAGUUACAGAUGUCUAAUGCCAUGACUCCCUAGAAAUAAUUGAACAAGUGGUACCAGGUGCCAAGGAUCCAGAGAGGUCAGCAAAGUGGAUGAAGGCAGAAGACAGUAUUCCUAGCUUUGACGGAUGACUCCUGCUCAGCCCAUUUUUCAUGCUCUGGCCUCCUUGUUGAGACGGUGCCGAGAGGAAGACACGGUCUGAAGCCACAGGUGUUCCGCCCCUGUGGAAACUACUGGGCAUGUAGUGGAAAGAGGACAAGUCUGGGUGUUGGGAAGUCUGGGAAAGUGGGAUGAAAUUGCCUCAGGGUUAGGCAUAUGUGUGCACAAUUUAAAAAUUAGACCUUGGGAACUGAAAUAAGUUGUAAUGAGUAUUGCUGCCUCCUUACAAAUAGAUGAUUUAACUAUAAGUAAAAAAAUAUAGUGCCCCAAUUUUUGGGAGUAUUUUCACUAUGCAAAAACUGUAUUGAGGUCUUAAGUAUGUAAUAGCAGAAAUAUCUUCAAAAUGACUUAACAUAAACCUUUUAUCCAUGUACUACAUAAUGUUACCUGCCGUUAACCUGCAAAUCUGCUUAAUGGGAUCUGUAUAUUAAAAGAAAUGAAUGAUUUGAAAGAAGUCGUUACUUGUGUUUAUUAAAUGAUAUUAUGAUAAUCCUUACUUUCUUUUUAUUUCUUCUUUGUAUAAAUAAUCUUGCUGAAAAGGGAUUGAACACUAGUUUAUGUGAACAUGAUUUGAACUGAAGAGGUUAAUAUGUGACUGGCUUCGAGGUAUUGUCUGCUUAUUCAUGCAAAUCUUUGAUAUCUUUGUCUGCUAAUAUUAAAAAUGAAUAUAUAGAUUUGUUAAUGUGUGCAACAGUCCUAUGUCCUAUUAUGUGUCCUGAAAGCAGACUGCUUAUGUCUGGAUCAUACUGUAUGUGGGAGCUGUUUUAAGCAACAUAUAUUUGCUUAUCAAGUAGUGAUAUGAUGUUUAACGUCAUCUGUGUUUAUACAGAGUUCUUUAUAGACCAUUUAUCUAGUUAAAGGUGGGGUAUGUCAUUUUGGAGAAACCAGCUCGAGUGCGCUAGAAUUUGAAAGUAGGCCUACACAACCGGAACAAAUCUGCCACUUCCUUACAGAGCCCCUCCUCCAACACACACGAACGCGCACAUGACCAAUGAGGGCACGAGAUAAAUGUGUGCACAGAUGGAAGGCUGACAGGCAGGUAGGCCAUCCAGUUACUUUAGCCGGGCCGGCUCAGAUGAUUGGUCGUGCUUUUUACAGCGCCACGGCUUCCACAGAUGAUAUUUUUUUAAUGUAUUUAUUGUCAAAGCAUUUAAUAUAUUCAUUGCUAUCGGGAUGUUAAGAGCAUUCCAUGGAACAUAACUAAAAGUGUUUCUGAAAUAAAUUACAUACCCCACCUUUAACCACUUAAACCAAAUAAGUUUCCUUAACAGCAAUAAUUCCUAGAGGGUUUAAAUAAUCGCCUUCUGACACUUGUUUCAUCUAGUAAUAUAGAUUAUACAUCAAUAAAGAUUUUGUAACAUCCA